UAUAACUUAUUUUAGACAGCAAUGGACCGGUUUUCGAACCGAUUCUCGCAAAAUGGCGGUCAAACCAAGUUUGAUCCUAAGGUUAUCUUCAACUUCUCAAACUUAGACAAGAGCACAAAGUCUCACUUGAAGAAUGUGUACGCCUGUGUUUCUAUGGAGAUCAUUAUCGCAGCACUCGGAGCAGCAAUCAACUGCUAUCUCAAGAGCACAGUUCUUCACUUCGGUGGAAUUAUCGGACUGUUCGUGUUCAUCUACCUUACAGCUUCUUCAAAGAACACUGCCACACCCAUGAAACGACUCGGAUAUGUCAGUGGAUUGGCCUGCUGUCUUGGUCUGGAAUCCUCCUAUCUCUUAGACUAUGUCAUAUCUGUGGAUCCAUCGAUCAUCGUGACAGCGUUUGUGACCACCUCAGUGGUGUUUGUGAGCUUUACUCUGACAGCACUGUACGCAGAGCGCAGGUCCAUGCUCUUCCUGGGCUCCCUGCUCUCCACUGCCCUUAGUGGACUACUUAUCCUCUCCCUGGCUAACAUGUUCUUCAGGGUUCCUUCUAUUGCUCUGUUCUCAGUUUACCUUUCCCUCAUUAUCUCCUGUCUCUUUGUCAUGUAUGACACCCAACUCAUCGUUGAGAAGAAACGACUGGGAGACAACGACUUCAUAUGGCACUCUGUUGAUUUGUUCAUUGACUUCGUCAUCAUUUUCAAAGAUUUGAUGAUCAUCUUGACUGACAAGGAGAAAAAGAAGAGGCGAAGCAACAAAUAAGAAGGAGGGUGUAGCAAAACACUAAAGAACAGCGAUUCAAACGGAGGAAUAACGCUAAAUCACCGAGUGACAUCUAAACCUCGUUCUCCAUCCUUUCAGUUAUGUUUGGACGACCCCAGAGACAAUACAACCUUUUUUUCAUGUAUUUUGCAAGUUUUUCGUUUGAUUUUAUUCUCAGGGAAAAUUGUUCUAUUUCUUAGAUCGUGACUUCUUGCUGAGCGAAUGAAGAGUAUAAAAUAGAUUUGGUAGCUUGCCAAAAAGAUAAAGAACGUGGUUAUGUAUUUUAAUGAUUUCUUGUGCGCUUGCAAUAUUUUGCAAUGUUUUAAAUUCUGAAAAAUUC